AUGCCGACGCCUGUGCCAACGUCCAAGGAGCUACAAGCCCUCAAGCGGGAGGAGCUCCAGCGCACAAGCAUUGUUGUCGGCUACGACCGGCUCGACUACGCGACCGCAGGCAAGGAAAUGACGGCGCUCGCAACAACGUACUCGCGGCCUUUUCCGGAAUUUGCACUCGUCGAUUUGACUUCUACCGCCGACCUCAUGAGCGACCACCGGCUUUUCCUGCAAGCCUUUGCGCUCCUCGGCGCGCGGUCGGUGCCAGUGGUGCUGGGCGCGUACAGCGACGUCUUCACGGUCGACUUGGUCGUCGCCGACUUCGACCACCCUGUCCGAUGCGACGUCGCGAUGUGCCACAUUGAUGCGUCGUACGUUCGCGUCGAGCGUAAUGGGCUCGGGACACUAGCGUGGCUCACCGCUAAGCGCGGGGCCGCCGCGCUGCUCGGCUUGGAUGCAGCGUGCGACUUUGUUCUUUCGCAUGUCGUCGUCGAUGCUGCUGGCACCGACUACACGCGAUGGCUGCCAAAGGUGGCCGUUGACGGCGCCAUUGCCUACGUCGCCAUCGAAGCACCGUCGCGAGCGGCGCGCCCGACAACGCCAGCGACGUGGAGGAACGCUGGCCCUCGAGCCCUGGUCCAGCUUGACGUCGCUGACACGAUCGCGCUGGAGCGAUCGACCGGUGGGCACCUCGUCGUGUUUGUGUACGCUGUCUUUGGGCGUCAACUGCCGGAUCCACUGGAGCUUCUUCGCGUCCAAGCCGUCUUGCCUCGCCAAGGUGACGACGUCUACGCGCUCCCGUGGACAGGUGCCUUUAGCACGACCAGUCUCCUGGCGCCGGGCGACGGGGCGAAGGAAGCGAUCGUACGUGCGCUUGUGGCCACGAUGGACGUUGCGCUCGUCCGCGCUUCGCCGCUGAAUGGAGCUGAAACGUCCUUCGAUAUUUUGGACGCGAUCUGCCACGACGCGUGCCACAUCCCCGCGCAGGUCCAAGCCGGCUUGGCGACGAUCUCGGUCCAUGCGAUCCUCGCUGCGUUCGAGACACAGGCCCAAACGCUCCUCGUCUUUUGGCCCAAAGCCCACCGCGCGCGGAUCGCUGGCUUUCGCGCGGCCUGUCGUAGCCUCUACGAGGGAUCGUGGCUCGGGUACCGCUCGGCAACCGCGCUCGCGAUGGCGCUCGUCGACACGCUGGCGAUGCCCGGCAAAGACGACCGCUUGCUCAUCCCACGCGACGCCACCUGCGCCUUUGCCCGCUAUGUCCUCGCGCGGGACAUGAAGUACGUCGUCGUCGCGUUGAUCCAGACAUAUUCUACGCACGGUCCUGCAAGCGCGUGGCUGCGGCAAGUGACAGCAAAGUACGGCUGGGAGGUCCUCGCGCACGCACUGCAGAAGCGCUGCAGUAGCGCCAAGACGUGGCCCGACGUGAUCGCUCGGCUCACCGAGAUCAGUGCGAUCGUCGACUUGAGGCAGCCGCGCGUGGCCGAGCUCGCCAAGCGCUGCAGCGACGUGCUCCUGUGCCUUAUUGUGUGCCUUGACGACGUGCGUCUCGAUCGAUCGAGCGCCAAGCGCCUCUUGACGCUGCUCCUGCGCCUCGACGCCUUCGUGCACGACGCCACGGCCACUGGCGACGUCUGGUUUGGCAACCGCUUGCCGGCAGCCGUCCACGAGACGAUCGACCGGUACUUAUACCUAAAAACCUCGCGUGUCGUCCAGCGGCAGCGCGCGAGCUUUGCGCCUCUGGGCGCCGUCACCGUCGUUGCGGCCGCGAUGCUGCCGCACCCGAUCGCAUCCGCGUACACGCCGCAUGUCCUCUCCUCGCUCCAUUGCGCGCCGCUCUUGGCGUUUGACGCCGAGACGGUCCAGGCACUCUUGGCGCUGGACGCGCGGGCGGUCGCUGACAUCCUAGUGCCGCGCUUGUCGUGCAUGCGCGAACCUUCGACGCCCGAGCAGCGCCGCAGCACGCUACACGUGGCAGCGCAGCUGCUCGUGCAUCCCAACGUGGCAUGGCCACGACACGACGUGCCGUCCUUUCUGCUGGACGUUCGCGUGUGGGUCUCGGCGCUCGAGCACGUCACGUUGCCGCUGCGCGACCUCGCCACGAUCGUCCAAGACAUUUUCCAUCUACUCUUGACGCUCGAGGCGCCGCUGGGGCCUGCGAUCAGCCUCCUCGAUUGGUAUUGCUUGAUGAUGGACCACGGCAACAAGAACCUCGAGUUCGUCCGGCGCGUCGUCGUGCCGCUGUUCGAGAUGCUGGAGCAAGUGUACCCGACGAAGCGAGAGGCGCUACGGAUGGUCGCGUCCGUCGCGUGGCCGCCUCUGCAGGCCAUUGCUUUCAUCAAAGGCGUGCUGCCGCAGCUCGACUGGUCCAUCGACGAUGCCAACGUCCACUGCGGCUGCGAACUCUGCCUCCGCAUCGCAGUCUUUUGCGCCAACCCGAUAGCGCGGAUGCGGAGCUUUGGGCCUCGCGCUGUUCGACACAGCGACGUUGCCUGCACGCAACUGCGGCAUCCGGCGCUCCGUGGCGACGUCGUCGACGACAUCUUGACCGUUAUCAAGUGGGACGGCGACGAUUUCGAGCAGUACGAGGCCGAUGUAGCAACGCUCGCGCGCCUUGCCACGUAUUUGGACAUGUAG